AUCCCACAACCCCGGAUGGGGACGUUCGCUGUCGGCGGGGGAGCCCCACCAGAAAACGCACUCGAUGCUUUGUUAGAUGAAUUGAAGACAUUUUCAAAGCCUCUAAUAGCCAAUAAUGAGAACCGACCCGAUGAUUCCACUUCCGAUGACAGUACCCCCCUGGUACAAAGCACCGUAACCACCCAAAUUUCCCAGGCCCAUUUGUAUAAUCAAAACGAAGCCAAUCUGGCCAAUUGCAUCAAUGAACUAACGGCCCAGAAUAAUGUGGCCAAUUCAUCCACACCCAAUGCCGUCAAUAAACCCAUACCAGUCGUACCCCUAAUCACUGCAUCCAAUGUGUCCAGUCUAAGGCGUUUGCAUUCGAUGCCCACCCAAUGUGAGGGUGAUAUUAUACCCAUACCGAUAAUGCGUACCGCUGUGGCCAAGCCACCGGUACCCGAACGUAAUGCGGAGUUGAUAAUGAAGGUGGGCAAACGCAUACCGCCACCACCACCACCUCGCAUAAGUUCCCGUAGUCCUCUGGCCAGUCCCACAAGUCCAAAUGUACCACAAAUUAUGCCGACGGUAAAUGAAACGGAGGCAAAGGAUGGUGGCAGUGCUGCCAUUGUAACGGCGGCGGCGGUGGCUGCGUCGACGGCCGCCGUUGACAGUGGCGGUGAAACGUCAAGCGGCAACGAAUCAGGCAACGACAGCAUGCAACGUCAGGUGGCCUUGGAAAUGCGCCACCAGGAGUUACUCAAAAAACAGAAGGUCCUACAGGAGCAGUAUCAGCGUUUGCAGCAAAUGAGCAAAAUGCCCUCGGUUGAUAUGACAGCGGCGGCGGCAGCUGCUGCAGCAUCGGCGGCUGGAGCGGGGGCACCAGUACCCCUACAAAAAAUGGGCAGUGAAUCGAAUAUCCAACAGAAAAUUAGUUUAACUUUAACCCCAGCGGCUAAUGAUAAUGGCCAAGGUGGCAACACAACCACCACCACGCUGGGGGUGGUUGCUCCCGGCAAUGGUCCCUCCUCCUUGGUGGCCAAUGAGAAAAUUAUUUUAAAUAGGGCCAAUUCAACAAAUGGUGGUACUACGGGAACGGUAACCAAUACAGGCAGCAGCGGUACCAACACCACCACCACAACUAAACAGGUCUAUGAAACGGAAAUACUUUAA